AUGACGAAUCGGUCAGCUCUACCAAUGUCACAUGGCAAAAGAACAUUCAACAUUAUACUUCAGAUCACCACUUUUGCUCACUUCCAAGCAAAGCUUCCGACAUCGUCGGCCAUUGAACAUGGCAUGCCAAACAAACAUUUAUCGUCAAAACUCUAUUCCCACGCUUUACUCACGCCAAACCAAACCUAUCGACUCAGUCAUCUCAUCGAAGAUCCCAUGCAAAAAGAUCAUCCAUCAUCACACUUCUGUUUACUUGUUUCGCCUCCUUCAAAGCAAACAUUACCACUCGAUCGGUUCACCCAACAUUAA